AUGGGCUUGAUUAUAUUGGCCGCUUUACUAGCCUUAGCCACGGUCGUCGCUUGGCUCAUAUACACCUACUUUUUCUCCCCCUUGGCCUCCAUUCCCAAUGCCGGAAUUCUGGCUCCCGUCUCCCGUUUACUCUGGGAGUUUCCCAGCGAGUACCAAGGCAAAGUCACACUAGAGCUACCCAAACUUCACAAAAAACUUGGUCCCCUCGUUCGGAUCGGGCCCAAUCAGAUCUCCUUCUACUCACUCGACAUCUAUAAAACAGUGCAUGCACCACACAGCCCGUUCGCCAAAGACCCUCGCGUGUAUAAUCAAUUCGUGCAGGAUGGCCAUCCUGCGCUUUUUUCAAUCACUGAUACAAAGGAGCAUGCCCAGCGUCGACGCCACAUGGGUAUCCUGUUCAACCGCAGCAAGGUGCCCGCGUUGACAGAGAUGAUGCUGGAGCAGAUCGAUAAGUGGAUCAAGUGUUUGAGUCUCGUUAUGGUGGAAGGGCCUAUUGAUCUCGGACCGUCUUGUCGCGCCUUGGAGUCUGAUAUUGUUUCAACAUUUGCAUUUGGCAAUGCAAUUGGGGGGAUAGAAUCUUUUCAGAAAGGGGAUGAGUUAGCGGUCAUCAAGGAGAAUGAUCUCAAGUCCGCAAAAAUGCCAGUGUAUGUGAACUUCCCGGUUGCUGUUGGUCUGUGGCACUCGGUCGCAGCCUCGGUCUACCGCCUCUCCGGCUGGGAGGUGUCCUCGGUAAUUAGCUCGCAGCGCUUCGACAAGUGGGCCGAUUCGCAACUUUUCGGGAUGAAAGACAGCGAAAAGGCGCCCCGCAUAUCCUUCCUCAAAGUCAUGGCUGGGGCUAGGGUGUCCGAGCAGUCCGCACUCUCGGAAGCCAAGGAGAUGCUGGGUCCCGGCACCGACACAACCUCCGCCACCCUGGCGCACAUCAUCUACGCCCUGGCGUUCAACCAACCCUUCCAAGUUGAGCUGGUCACCGAGCUCGACGCUUCCGGAUGGCCCACCGACAUGUCCGCCCUGGAAGCAAUUCCCUGUCUCGUCGCCUCCGUUAAAGAGGGGAUAAGGUGGACCGGGGCAGCCGCCGCAAUGCUUCCGCGCAUCGUGCCGCGCGGUGGAUACUCGCUGGCGGGAAAGCAUCUCCCGGGAGGGACAAUGAUCUCCAGCUCCCCGAUCUGGUAUCUCCGCGACGAGACCGCAUUCCCGGACCCCGAGCGUUACAAGCCUAGUCGGUGGCUGGGCCAGGAGAAGAACGAGGCGACGUCGCGGCGCGAUGACUACUACAUCCCGUUCUCCAAGGGCGCGUCUACAUGUAUCGGCAAUCACUUUGCAUAUCUGGAGCUAUUCCUGUCGCUCUCGCAGCUGCUGAAGCGAUAUUCCAUCCACCCGAUAGACCCGUCUGUUGCCAAUGAUGCGGACUACGAGGCUGUCCUCCCACCACGACGGGAGUGGGUCGCUGCUGUGCCGCUCAAUCGACUAGAGGUAGUUUUGCAGGAACGGUCAUAG